AUUAUCCUACAACUUCGUCACUUACUUGAAUCGGACGUGUACGGCUUGGUUCCGAAAAUCUGAGAAUAUUCAACUCGUCAUGACCAUCAGUUCUGUUGUCCUGGGUCUUGCGCUGGGUUUCAUAAUCAAGACUGCUCACCCUGACAUCAGCCCAAGAACGGUGAAUUUGGUCGCUUUUCCCGGAGAACUGCUAAUGAACAUGCUCAAAUUACUCAUCAUUCCUCUGAUCACUUCAAGCCUCAUUUCAGGCCUUGCAAACCUGGACAUUAAAUCCUGUGGAAAGAUCGGAACCUAUGCUUUGCUCUACUACUUUACAACAACUCUACUUGCUGUGCUCAUCGGCAUUGUCCUGGUGGUGUCUAUUCACCCCGGAAACCCUAGUAUCAAGGCAGCCCGUGGAGAAGGCACCAUGUCCAGUGCAAAGGGUCCAAACACCCUGGAUGCCCUGAUGGAUCUGUUCCGGAACAUGUUUCCUGAGAACAUUAUUCAGGCCUGCACCCAACAGCUUUCCAGCCAACUGAUCAACAAGACAAUUACACCGGAUGCAGUCAAGCCCAACGAAACUGCACAACCCAUCGUGGUUGAGGUUCUGGAACAGCGAUUUCUCGAAAGCACAAACGUCCUUGGUACGUCCAAUCAUUCAAAGUUUUUUUCCAGAAAACAAUAUACCUUUGCCUGGGAGUACCAAAUGAAUUCAGUUGAGAUUACGUCUGUCUUUCUAAUUGUCUGUGCCGUUAGCUAA